GAGCUCCGAGUCCAAUCAGUACAAACGUGAAAUUGAGACGAUUAGGAUGAUCACCUUGAGGUGGAUUCUCCUGUGCGGAUUCGCUCUAGCUGCAGGUAUCACGGCAACCGGCGAAGGACCACUGUCGAGAAAAGCUGAUGUCGAACCGCCACUUGCUACUCCCCAGUUAGAAAUUACCAAAGAUGGAAUCGCAGCAUUCCAAGAAGUAGAUGAAUCCUACCGGCUGCCCAACACCACGUUUCCGACCCACUACGACAUCCACCUGCGCUCCGAGGUCCACACAGGUGACAGGAACUUUCAUGGAUCCGUAGACAUACAUCUUAGAGUGCUAGAGCCAUCCAACAACAUUGUAGUCCAUCAUCGUGGCCUUGCCAUUCAAGGCGCUCAAAUCAAGUCUGUAGACAACCCCCAGCAAGUGGUGAACCUUACAUGGGGCUAUGAUCCACGCGUUGAACAUUUAACGCUGACUAGUCAAACUUUGCUUCAAUCCGCGGAUUACAUCAUGACAAUAACCUUCAGCGGUCGCUUAGCAACUAACGAAGACGGAUUCUAUAUUUCCUCCUAUGUGGACUCCGCGGGUUUGACCAAGUAUUUGGCUACCACACAAUUCGAAUCCACAAGUGCUCGGAUGGCGUUUCCCUGCUACGAUGAACCUGGUCUGAAGGCAACGUUCACUAUUUGGAUAACCCAUCAUAACUCGUAUUCGGCACGAUCAAAUAUGGACUUCUCCAGUGAACAAAUCUUAGACGAACCGGACUACAAUGUGACCAAAUUUGAUAGGACUCCAGUUAUGUCAACGUACUUGCUGGCGUUCGUUGUGUCUGAUUUUGUCUACAUCGGUGACGAACGUCACAGUGUUUACACUCGACCGAACGCAAUAGAUGAAGCCCAAUUUGCUCUAGAGGCGGGCGAAAAGGUUCUCCUGGCCUUGAACGAACAUCUCGGAAUUGAUUAUUAUGCACACUUGCCUGAGAUGAAGCAAUUUGCCAUCCCAGAUUUCGCCGCUGGUGCAAUGGAGAAUUGGGGAUUGGUUACAUACAGGGAACAGUAUUUGCUGUUUAAUGCCUCGUUGAGUACUUAUCGCACGAAAACCAACAUUGCCACUAUAAUCGCGCAUGAAUACGCACAUCAAUGGUUCGGAAAUCUGGUCAGCCCUGAAUGGUGGGAGUAUAUUUGGUUGAACGAAGGAUUCGCCACUUUGUAUGAGUACUAUGCAGCCCACGUUGCCUAUCCUCACGAGGGCUACUGGGAACUGUUCAAUCCACUGGUCAUUCAAGCCGCCAUGGUUCCCGAUGGGUUGGAAAGCACGAGACCGAUGACUGGGAAUGCUGCCUCCCCUGCGGAAAUCGCCCGUCUCUUCGAUCGAGUUGCGUAUCCUAAAUCCGGAAGUGUUCUGAACAUGAUUCGACAUGUUCUCGGGGAAGAAAAUUGGAAAGCUGGUUUGAAGUAUUACCUUUCGGAGAGACAACUUAAGAACGCGAAUGUGGAGCAUUUGCAUGCCGGACUGCAGACGGCCAUCGAAGGGAAAAAUGUCCUCCCAGCUGGGGUUUCCGUUAAGCAGAUUAUGGACACUUGGACGACUGAAAAAGGAUAUCCGGUAUUGAGCGUGAGGCGAUCAUAUGAUAGCGGAGAUAUAAUCCUCUCUCAGGAGCGGUUCAUAUCCGAUCGGAAGGUCCCAAAUAGCAACGUCUGGAUGAUUCCAUUUAACUACGCAUAUCGGUCAGCAAUUGAUUUCACUAACAUAAACCAAUACGACUGGCUUUCGACAAAGGCAGCCCGUAUAGCAUCUCCCGCAUCCGCGAAUGAUUGGAUUAUUUUCAACAAGCAGCAAAUUGGCUUCUAUCGAGUGAAUUAUGAUAUCAGAAAUUGGCAGCUUAUAACAGAUGCGAUGAUCAUGGAUCACAGCAGCAUCCAUCGGUUGAACCGAGCACAGCUGAUUGACGACGCGUACUGGUUGACUCGGUCAGGACGGCUGGAUGUCGAAAUCCUCAUGAAUCUGAUCAUUUAUCUACGUAAUGAAGUAGACUAUGUUCCGUGGGCUGCCGCCAGCAACGUAUUGUCAUACCUUAACGGUAAACUCCGAGGAACUCCAGCUUAUGACGACUUUUUGGUUCUAGUUGACAGCUUGGUCGAGAGAGCAUAUUCCCAAAUUUCCGUAGAUUCAGUCGAUGAGUCCGAAACGGUGCUACAAAAGAACAUGAAACAAACCAUUUCAGCUUGGGCGUGCAUUGCUGCUAGAAAAGAUUGUCUGGAUCGUACGAAGAAUGCUCUAACUAAAGAGGCCGUUGACAAUGUGAUGGUCCAUCCCGAUAUUGCUGGUGUAGUUUAUUGUUACGGUUUGCGCAAUGCUGGGGAGACAGAGUUUGUGCAUUUGUACAGUCGUAUUUAUCCUACCCAGAACUGGGCAUUCAGAACAAUGGUUAUCGAUGCACUGGGUUGUUCACAGAACAAGGAGUUCUUGAAAGCUUUACUACAGACUGCAAUUGCUCCAAAUGGACCAGGUGUAGAGAUCAAUUACAAGAGUAGCGAGCGUACACGCAUCGUGCAGUCGGUUUAUUCUGGUGGACGCGCUGGAUGCGAUGCACUGAUAGAAUUCCUAAUGGAGCCCAAUAUGGUGGACGAGUUUAAUGCUCGCCUGGGGAUCAAUACUCUAAACAGUGUUGUAUCCAACAUAGCUGCACGAACCAACAAUCAGGAGGAACUUGCUAGGCUGAACGAACUGCUGACUAGUUUGGGGAACAAUAUAACACCGGAAACAGCAAGCAAUGCCCGUGCUACGGUUCGCGCGAACAUGGAGUGGCACAGCAGUUACGAAGGUUUGCUUACAACGAAUUUCGUUGGAGAAUAUGCAAACUCUCUCAAACCGGAUCCCACAACCACCGAAACGCCUGGAUCAACCAGCACAAGCGAAGGAACAUCGGCCGUGCCUAGCACCACAGAAGGUGGCGGCGGUGCCAGCAGUAUUGCGAUUUCGCUUAGUUUGCUAGUUGGCACUAUUUAUGUUUGUUUGUUCAACUAAAGCGUAUUUCCUAUUUCAUCGAUUUUUAUCAAUAUAUUUGAAAUAUUAAUAGUUUUUCAUUAAUAUUCUGAUGGGGUUCUCUGAAGAAUCGCUCAUAUUCUUAAGAGUAUAAAAACAUUCAACCACAUACAUUGGUCGACGAUGCAAUAUAUUCUAACGAGCAGAAAAGGUUUUCGUAGCUUGGCCCGAAAUCUAUGAAGAUGAAAAAUGAAUAUCGACUCUCCUCUCCUGUCAACAUGAAUGGAAUAGACUAGAAAAUGAAUUAACGAGCGUUGAGAUGGAUGACAUUGGAUGACUGAUGAACUAUUCUAGCAAAUGAUUAUUCUAAUUGACGUGACUUUUAAAUAGACAUAUCUGUAUCUUCAUUCAACCUGACUUCAAUCCACACUUCUACUCCCCCUGACACGA